AUGAAUACAUCAAAUGAGAUGAAAUUAAUAUCAGUUCUAGAUUCAGAAAGUCAAAAUAUUGCUGAAUUUAAUGCUAUCAAGCCAAAAAUAGACGCUUUAUCUCCUCUAAAUGAAUCGAGUAUUUCUCCUUGGAAAAAUCUUGACCUUGAAAACAAAGUCUUUUCAACUUACCAUCCAAAACUAUUAAAAAAGUCACCAAAACCUUCAAAAAUUCCUUUAAGUCAGGUCUCUGAAUCAAAACCAAUUUUAAUUCAAGAUUUCUCAUCACCACAAAUUGCAAGUCCAAUAAUUCACCGAAAAACCCAAUUAAGGAGAAAACAUACAACUAGGUCUUUGAGCAUUGACGAAGAAAUAGCAAAUUAUCUGGCAAAACCUGCCAAACAUCUGCAGACACCGUCCCGUAACUCGCCAGAGAUCUUAAAAUGGAAUAAUACUGACAAUCUAAAAAUAGGUGAAAGGACUCCACAGAAUUUCAAUAAAAUAGGAGAGAGAAGUCCUCAGAGCUUCAAUAAACUUCCUCCGUUAGAAGUAAAUAAAAUCAAUACACAGCAAAACUAUCAAAAAUUUUUCACGAAUAGCCAGGCUUUUAAUAAGCCUCAGACAAAUUAUAGAGUCCAUUCAUUGGCACAGCUGAUUAAUCUUUCAAAAAGAGAAUGGGAAUUUAUGAUGACUAAAAGGGAGAAUGGAGGGAUACCAGAAAGCUAUAUGUUUCAGGUGCCUUGGAAAUAUCAGAGAGGAGGGAAAAAAAACUUUUUAGAGUAA